AUGCACUCGCGUCGACCCGAGACCUUGAAGAUUGACAUCUCCAAGUAUAGGGGAGUUGAAGAGGACUCCCUCCUGAGAUGGUUUGUCGAAUUAGACGACGCCAUAAGGGCGCGUCGCAUCGACGACGGGGAAAUGCAAGUUGCAUUUGCCCAGUCAAAUCUGGCAGGACGUGCCAAGACUUGGGCACUGGGGCUCAAGUUGCACGACCCGUAUGCGUUUGGGUUGUUAGAAGUCUUCAAGUCGCGGCUCAUACAAACGUUCGAACCGCCUAGAGCUGAGUUCAGAGCUCGAACUGAACUCUUGAAGCUCAAGCAGGGUAAGCGCGAUGUGCACGCUUACGCGCAACAUGGUCUUGCGGAUGGUCCCGUCAAGACUCACCUGUUCCGACUUAAACUAGAUUCACUAGAACAAGCCAUUUCCAUUGCGGAACAGGAAGACUUCAGUCUGAGACAGGCUCGCGCCAGCUCGACAUAA